UUGACAUCCAAAAUAGGUAAAUAGUUAUUUUACUUAAUAUGGGGGUUAAAGAUAAAUGCAAAUGAAAACAGUGAAAUCUUCUAAUCCGACCUCUUCUCUCUCCUUUGGCUAAUCACAAUUAAUUCGGCUUCACAAUCUCCACAAAUCCCUACUCUCCUCAUAGUCAUACAUAGAAGAGAGAAAGAAUACCAUUAGUCAUAAAACCUUUGCGUAAAUCUCGCCAAGAUUUUAUUGUUUCCAUAAGCCGAAUGCAAGUAAAUUACAUUUCUUAAUACUCUCAACAGUAAAUAACAUUUUCUUUCAUCUCCACAGAAGUAAAAGAGUAUGAAGAGAACAAGAGACCUUUAUGGUGAUGAAUCUUCUUCAUCGGAAUCUGAAGAGUUUCACCGGGAAAAAAUCCGGGUGAAGGUGAAGUUACCGGAAGAAAGAAGUGAAGAUGAAGAUGAGUCUCCUCAGCCUCAGAGGAAGCACUUUUGUGUGAUUUGUGAGAAGCAGUUUAGCUCUGGUAAGGCUUAUGGUGGUCACGUGAGGAUCCACUCCAUUGAGUACAAUAACAAGGGAAAGAUGAAGAAGAUGAAGAAGAUGAAGUUGAAGAAGAAGAAGAAGAGAAAGAUUGGUUUGGUGAAGAAAGAGAAGGAGAAAGAGAUAGAUCUGGCUAGGACUGACGUGGAAGGUAAGAUUAGGUGUUGUCUUUGUGGAAAAGAGUUUCAAACAAUGCACUCUUUGUUUGGUCAUAUGAGGAGACAUCCUGACCGGACUUGGAAAGGGAUACGACCUCCUCCACCAUCGGAGAAGUUCAAUCUAAGCUACUUGGAUGAUGAUGUCGAUGAUGAAGAUGAGGAUGAUGAUGAUGUGAUGAGUAGAUCCAUGAUGAUGAGUGAUGUACCCGAGGAUGUUCAGGGAGCUGCUUGCAUUCUAAUGAUGCUCUCUUACGCUUCAAGAAAUUACUGGGCUGGGAUAGAGGAAUCACCAAAAUCCGAGGUAAGAAGUUCGAGUUUCUACAAAGAUGAUGAAGGAAAAGAUAAAGUAUUAGGAGAUAGUAGGAUGGAUGAAAAGAAGGGUUUGAUUGUAGAUAUGAAGAUAAAGAUGGAAAUGGAAGUGAAGGUGAAUAGUCCUCGAGAUGAAGCUAAGAGGUCAUUAGGGUUUGAUCUCAAUCAGCCUCCUUACCAUGAAGAUCAUCCUUAA